ACAGAGUCAGUGCAUGUGUACCGAAUUCGCAAUAACAAAGGAAAUUCUCAUCGUAAUUUCCAAACAAUAAAUCGAUAUAAAAAGAGAUACAGUGAAAAUGUCUAACCUUAGAAAUAUUAUAUUUCUAAUAUUCUGUGGAUUGUGCUGUAUAGUGGCACUUCCUAAAGAAAACUUGACUGCUCCAACAUUUAGUAAAACUUAUACAGUGAAAGGAACAUUGUAUAUUCCAUAUGCAGAAAUUCGAGAACCUUUCUAUGCUUGGUAUGAUGGCAACAGUGGAUCUAGUAGGAUUGAUUAUUAUGGAGGGAUGGUUAAAACUUUUCAAUUGGCUCACAAAGGACAAUAUGGAGCUAGUAUAAAAAUAGCACCUAUCACAACAGAAACAGUUAAUAAUGAAGAAACUUGUCUUCGAGUGAAUGGUACUAGUGAUUCUAAAAUACAACCACAAUCUAUUCUUCCAGAUACACCUGAAAUGGAGUGUAUUGGAACAGAGGUGAUCAAUGGGUUAUCGUGCGAAAAAUGGCGACUUGUACAAGAAAUUGGGGAUAAAACAAACAAGUAUACUCUUUGGAUACGUUAUAAGAAAUCACCACAUCUACCAAAAUUCAAGGAACCUAUUCCUGUGAGGUAUGAAAUGAAAGGAUUUAAUAGUCUUUUAGGUUCACAUUAUGAUCAUUAUUACUUAGAGUAUGAUUGGUAUUCCUCUGACAAACCUUCUGAUGAUGUCUUUAAAAUCAAAGAAGAUGAGUGCGUCAGCUUCCCAGGUCCAGGUGAAAAUCAUAUAUAUACCUUUAACCCAAUGCGUGAAUUCAUACAUAAUUAUGAGGAUCAUUUGCAUGAAGCAUUUGAUAAAUUUAAAAAAACUUAUGAUAAAAAUUAUAAAGAUGACUUGGAUCAUAUGUAUCACAAAGAUUUAUUUAGACAAAAUAUCAGAUUUAUCCAUUCUAUAAAUCGCGCCAAUCUGGGUUAUCAGUUAGAGGUAAAUCAUUUGGUGGAUCGUAGCGAUCUCGAAUUAAAGGCUUUACGAGGCAAGCAAUAUACCCCUGGUUCUAAUGGUGGAGCAUCAUUCCCGCAUAUCAUCGAAAAGGAAAUUGCAGAUGUUCCCGAUAGUAUAGAUUGGAGGCUGUAUGGCGCUGUAACGCCAGUCAAAGAUCAGUCUGUUUGUGGCUCUUGUUGGAGUUUUGGUACUACUGGUGCGGUAGAAGGGGCAUAUUAUAUGAAGUAUAAUAAAUUAGUACGUCUAUCUCAACAGGCUCUCAUCGAUUGUUCAUGGGGAUUUGGUAAUAACGGAUGCGAUGGUGGAGAAGAUUUUCGGUCGUAUCAGUGGAUAAUGAAACAUGGUGGUUUACCUACUGAAGAGGAUUACGGUGGUUAUUUAGGACAGGAUGGAUAUUGUCAUGUAAACAACGUAACACUAACAGCCAAGAUCACAGGUUUUGUUAACGUCACUCCACGCAGCGUAGAAGCUUUGAAAAUCGCUAUUGCUAAACAUGGUCCUAUCUCUGUUGCUAUCGAUGCUUCUCACAAGACAUUCUCUUUUUAUUCUCAUGGAGUAUAUUAUGACCCAGUUUGUGGCAACACCGAGGAUAAAUUAGAUCAUGCUGUUUUGGCUGUUGGAUAUGGUACUAUGAAUGGAAAAGGUUAUUGGCUGGUAAAAAAUUCCUGGUCGAAUUACUGGGGUAAUGAUGGAUAUAUUCUAAUGGCGCAAAAGGAUGACAAUUGUGGAGUUCUUCUUGCUCCUACCUAUGUUACUAUGUAAUUAUAGUUUUAUUUCUAAGAAUUUUUUGAUCGUAUCACUUUAAGCUCUCUGAUUUUUCCAAUUUUAAUAAAUAUAUGUAUAUUCAAAUACGAUUAAAAAAAUUGAGG